CACAACAAGGAGGACUUUGUCACGCCCAGGCAGGAAAUGGGUGUGUUAUUUUGAAGUCAGUUCAGUCGGCUCAGGCUGGAUUUGUGACUCUUGCACUGAUACUGGAAGAACCUGGGGAGGAAAUAUCCUAGCUGACCAAAGCUGUCCAGUUCUUUCUGACAAUGUUUGUUACUGGCCUGGUUUUAGUGGUGGUGGUAGCAGCAGCUGCGUACUGCUAUCACCAGGUGGUGGUGAAAGGGAAGCAGUGCAGAAGUCCAGCGAGGCUGCAUGGCAAGACUGUGAUUGUGACAGGCAGCAACACUGGCAUCGGGAAGAUGACGGCCAUUGACUUGGCCAGGAGAGGAGCACGAGUCAUUCUGGCAUGUCGCAGUCGGCAGCGUGGAGAAGAUGCACUUGAAGACGUUAAGAAAGAGAGUGGCAGCAGUCAGGUGGUCUUCAUGCAGUUGGAUUUGGGAAAUCUCAAGUCCGUCCGCAGCUUUGCUGAAACCUUCCUGAGAGACGAGGCCAGACUUGACAUCCUCAUCAAUAACGCAGGUGUUUACCUGCAGGGCCGGACAGAGGACGGUGUGGGCAUGAUGUUUGGUGUCAACCACCUGGGACACUUCCUGCUCACCAACCUGCUGCUGGAGCGCCUGCAGGAGUGCCAACCGAGUCGCGUGGUCAACGUGUCGUCCCUGGCGCACAACUUUGGGAAAAUCGACUUUGAUUGCCUGAGCAAGCACAAAGCUCUGGGCCUGGGGACGUCCUUCGCCCAGGUGUCUCAGAUCUACUCGGACAGCAAACUGUGCAACGUCCUCUUUACUCACCAGCUGGCCAAGAGACUGCAAGGAAGCCAAGUCACCUGCUACGCUCUCCAUCCAGGAGCGAUCAACUCGGACUUAGCCAGGAACACCAGCUCCUUCCUGCAGAUCCUGCUGAAGCCGGUGACGGUCUACUUCUUCAAAAACACGGUGCAGGGGUCCCAGACCACUCUCCACUGUGCUCUGCAGGAGGGAAUCGAACCUCUCAGCGGGCGCUACUUCUCCAACUGCACGGUGCGGGACGUCUACGCCAAGGCCAAAGACGACGGCGCGGCCAAGAAGCUGUGGGAGAUCAGCGAGAAAAUGUGCGCUCUUGCAUGAAAGACUCUUGGCCGAUCUGCCAGAUGGAAUAAAGAUGUUCUCCUUCCUUG